AUGAGUCUCGAAUCUAUUAAAUACCAACGUGGGAAUCUUGAGGUAUUAGAUCAAUUACUUCUUCCAUUUCAAAAACAAUAUAUUAAAGUGGAAGGAGUGGAAGAUGGAUGGAAAGUUAUCAACAAAAUGCAGGUGCGUGGUGCCCCCGCCAUAGCUAUAUUAGGGUGUUUAUCACUUGCUAUAGAACUAUUAAAAGAUAACAGUUCAGACAAGAAAGUGAUGAGGCAAGAGAUAGAAGGGAAACUCAAUUACUUGGUGUCGGCGCGACCGACAGCUGUGAACAUAAAAUUGGCUGCCGAUGAGCUUAUUAAUUUAGCCAAUACACUGAGCGCCGAUGAAUCCAUUAACCCAGACGAAUUUAAAGAGAGAUUCAUCACAAGCAUCGAAGGAAUGCUAUCAAAAGACAUAGAAGAUAAUAAGGCUAUAGGCCGAAAUGGUUGUGAAGCUAUACUAAAGAAUUUGGAGGGAGAUGGGCACGUUAGGGUUCUCACACAUUGCAACACUGGCUCACUUGCCACCGCCGAGUAUGGUACCGCUUUAGGUGUUAUUAGAUCCCUACACGCUGCCAAAAGAUUGGAACAUGUAUUCUGCACGGAGACCAGACCCUACAACCAAGGUGCCAGAUUAACAGCAUUCGAGUUGGUGCAUGAGAAGAUUCCUGCUACUCUUAUUGUAGACAGUAUGGUGGCUGCUCUUAUGCAUGUCAGAAAGAUUGGUGCCGUCGUGGUUGGCGCUGAUAGGGUAGCGGCAAAUGGAGACACAGCGAAUAAAAUUGGUACAUAUCAAAUAGCAAUUGUGGCAAAAUACCAUAAUGUACCAUUUUAUGUGGCUGCACCGUUCACAUCUAUUGAUAUAAAUGUGCCAUCUGGGGAACAUAUCAAGAUUGAGGAGAGACCGGAUAAAGAAAUGACGCAUAUUGGUGAUAGGAGGAUCGCUGCUCCUGGUAUAAAUUGUUGGAAUCCAUCAUUUGACAUCACUCCAGCUUUCUUGAUCACUGGAAUAAUAACAGAAAAAGGUGUUUUUCUCCCACACAUGUUAAAAACACUAUUCCCCAUAUAA